GAUAAAUUUCUGACGUCCGUCCCAAGUGGAACUAAAAAGUAAUCAGCUUACCGCCACCCGUCCGCCCCACGCUGAAUCUCCCGGAGUUCCCGGAGUAUGCCAUCGACCCUAAAGGUCCCAGUCCGGAGUACGUAGGAUCCGCGGCCCUCUGCCGCCUCGCGUCAAUGACUAUGGCCGAGAGCGCUAUCGAAUCUGCCGCCUCCACCCACGACAAGGCGAACAAUAACCACCCCCUCGUCGUCAAUCACAACCACCGAAUGGCUGCAAAGUCGAAGAAACGGAAGAGGCUUAGCCAGGUCCUCGAUAAACUUACCGGUGGAGGAACGCCGCCCCAAGACAACGAACCCUCUCCAGAAACCCCUCCAUCAAGCAACAACGUCCAGCAGCUGUACAACAACAACGAAGGCGACAACAUCAAACUCGAAGAGCUCAAAACUCCGCACCAGUACCGCCCGCAAGUGUUCAAAUUCGACAUGCCCGACAGAGAACGCUACAAAACCAUCAGUGAAGACGAAGACGUCUUCAGCCCUGCCAGCUCAAGCAACAAAUCCCCCCACAGUUCUACCGAGUCUCCGCGAAUCAGAUUCAGCCCUCUGCGCAUCAACGACCCAAGCCCUAGCCCCCCUUCGAUACAGCGACCCCCGCUGUGUCCUUGCUACCAGUGUGUGACUGGAAUGGGACAUCACCCCCCGCCUUUGCAUCCGUAUGAUAGGUUUUUUCCCGCUUCUCCAAUAUCACCUCUGACCCCAGCUUCGCCCGCUCCUAGCUACAACUUUGAACACUACUUUCAGUCCAAAUACUUGCCGGAUAUUUUCCAGAAGAGGAGCCGAUCUGACUCUGACAUCCCCCUGUGGUUCGAGACGGCUAAAGCAGAAAGGGCCAGGGCGGCGCCCGUUUGGCCCCAUCCUCUCACGCUGUCAACUGGUUGCGGUAAAGGGUCGCUGGAGUCGGAUACUUUAUCCCCUCAAGAAUCCCCGUUAGAUCUUUCUAUGAAGACUUCUCGUCGAGAGCGUUUGGAGGGGCUGGUACCCUCCCAGCUCCAACUACUGACUCCAGGCUUCAUGCCACCUCGCGGUCCAGUUUCAGUACCUGUAGUGAAGGGAGAUGUGGCUUCGCCAACGACGAAGGAAUCAGUAGCGUCGCGUUACAACCUGGAAGUCUCUCCAGUCGUUGAAGAAAUGCCUCCUGGUUCCGACGUAGCUUACGUUUGCCCGGUCUGUGGCCAGAUGUUCAGCCUCCACGACCGCUUGGCCAAGCAUAUGGCGUCCAGACACAAGAGCAGACAGAGUGGGGGAGACGCAACGGCCAAGGCCUACUUGUGCGAAGUGUGUAAGAGGUCCUUCGCUCGCAGUGAUAUGCUAACGCGGCACAUGCGCUUGCAUACGGGUGUUAAGCCGUACACGUGUCGAGUGUGUGGUCAAGUGUUCUCCAGGUCGGAUCAUCUGUCCACGCAUCAGAGGACCCACACUGGUGAAAAGCCGUACAAGUGUCCACAGUGUCCUUACGCAGCCUGCAGAAGGGACAUGAUCACGAGACAUAUGAGGACUCAUACGAGGUUUGAGCCAGAUCCUGUCACUGCUGGGCAACCACUCAAGGCUGAGCAUCAUUGAUUAUUGAAUUUUUGAAAGCCUCCCGGUGUUGUUAUUAUUAUUUGUUACUUAGUAGUUUUGGAUUUGACGAGGUGUUUACCAAAAAUACUUGGUUGGGACCAAAUUUAUAUGAGUAAUAAGAUGUUGUUGAGGAUUUCGUCACUGUGACGUAAAAUAUUGUUUUGAACAAAUUGUUAUCUAGUCUUAGCGCCUACUGGAAAUUUUCCCGAUAGUAUUUUUGGUUUCACCGCUAGCAAGGACUUCCACAAAGCAGCGGCAGUAAACCUCAGCAUACUUUUUCACUUUUGAAUGUUCGACAAUUACAAUACCGAGCGACUUAUUGACAUUUCUUUGGUGGAACUCCUUGCACCACACCUAUGCCAUUUUUUGCCUUUUGAUGGAGAUCUCAGACCAUUCCACUAGCUUCAUAAUAUUGCCAGGCCAGUUUGAUUAUAUGCAUUGACUAACAGCUGUUGCAAAUUGAUAUUAAUGCCAAAUGGAUGGCCAGCGGCAAUAAUUUGAUGCCAGAUUAUCACUCGUUUUUUAUACACUCCCUUUUCAAGAAACGAAUCUCGCAAGAAAUAAUUCGAAUUUGGACUGAGUGAUUUUAAGAUGAUGCAAAUGUAUGGUCACUUUUUUGCUAGCUGAAAAUGUUGGCAUACUUUAAACUUUAUCAGAUCGAAUAAUAUCUCAAAAUGUUUUGUUUGCAUGCUAAUUUAGAAAAUUUUGAAGGAUUUUUUGUGACAUCAGAUAAUCUUCUGACAUGAAAACCUGGUAGAAGGAACCGUUCAUAAACAGUGAUAUUGAUACAUUUUUAUGAUCGACUAUUAUGGUCAUUUUUUUUAAAUUUGUGAACAUUUAAAAUAUUCAGUUUCUCAGUUCGUUUUUCCCGUAUCGCUUGAAGUUGCAAUCUUUUAUUUUCAUCGGAGAAUUCGUUCACAAUAGGUAUUCCAUAUACAAUAUAUCUCCACCCUGAAUCCCAAGAAUUCAUUCGUUUCACCAUUUCUGAGUUUUAGAUUUCGAAUGUACGCUUGUUUCAAUUCACUUUUCAAUAUCUAUUCAGAUGAAUAUUAAUGGAGUUUUUUCCCAACACCAAACCGUUAUUUUAGCAUCUCGACACCUGUUUCGAUCACCAAGUAAGUGAUCAUCUUCGAGGAAGACUAAACAGUUUAAUCAUCUUCCUUGAAGAUGAUCACUUGGUGAUCGAAACACGUGUCGAGGUGUCAAAAUAACGCUUCCUGAAAUAUAAUCGAGAUAACAUAAUAUUUAUCCAACUUUUCAAUAACACUGCAUCGUUAAUUUUUAUUAAUUAGCAUUUUAUAGGAAUGUUUCUGUAUACUGAUUAACCUACGCCAGUUGCCAUAGCAGCUCUGUCGUGCCGCUUCUCGUUGCAUAAAAAACUACAUUGGCUAUAACUUCCUUCUUUUGACUUGUCAGCACUUUACGAUUUAGGUUUGAUUUAAACUCCAUCCUGGUUAAGUUACAAUACUCAAAUUGUGACAUUUACGCUUCAUUUCUGCUUAGACUGUACAUUUGGUUAACCCGCGAUGCUUACUUCACAACAGACAAAUUCGACUGACUGGGCUGUGGGCGUUUCCACUUCUGUCUUCUGCGCACAGCUAAGGCGGUCUUUUUCCUAUUCUAGACAAACUGUACGUACAAUCGCUCUGAAUUCUUCGAAGUUUCCAAUUCAGAAAAUAGUUUGAAAAAUAUUUGAAAAUUUCUUUAAAUAUUGAAAUACCUACAUCCCCGUAAUGGUAUGGAAUUUUUUUAAAUAUUUUGAGUGUUUGAGUUCAAUUUCUUAUUAUUAGACUGACAUGUGGACAAAUCUCGCGUGUUUUUGAUUGAAGGCAACAGUUGAAUGUUAAAAAAUUGAGAGAAAGAGAAAUACACUUUACUGUUCAAGAAAUCGAGUUCUUAUUGACAAGACAUGUUAGGAAAAAUAUUUUAAAGAGAGCUUUUUUAAAUAUAUAAAAGAUUUGCAGAAGUAGAACAAUCCUAUACUAAUCAGUUGAAAAAUAAACAUAGGUAUGUCAAAUAUAGAUAAAAUGAGUUAGUAUAUAAAAAAAUAUCUCAUACAAUAAAAGAAUAUCCAAAAUAAAAUCAUAGCAGAGUUUUACUAUAAAAUUCCUCGACAUCAUAGAAUGUUUUCUUGAGUAGAGAAUGAAUUUGUAAUAUUUUUUGAUAAAAAAUCAAGCCAAAAGGUGUUGCUACAUUUGCAUCUUCUUGUAAGUAGUUAGGAUUAUCAGUUAUGGUUACUUACAGUAUACGAUAAGAAAAUCGACUGAUUAUUUAAUCUUUUAGAAAUACCCUGUCUUCUGUGUUCACCGUUCAAAAUGCUUUGCCAUGUACUAACCGACAGAACGAUUAAAAGUGUCGUGAAUUUCUCACGGGACUUGGGAAUAGAAGGGGUUUCAACAUUGUGAAUGAUUGAUAGUGAUCCUAAAGAGCCUCCCAUAUAAAAAGGGCUCACAAUGUUUCAGGAAUCAUUACUGUUAUAAAAUGUAAGUUCAAAUGACAUGAAGACAGCAGCACAUAAAGACAUUUUAAUUGGAUAAUAAAAUGUUUAUAAGAUAUUCGUCCAGCUCAUGAUGUAGUGUUUUAUGAAUUCGACGAAAUACACUGCACGCCAUAUACUCAGUGAUCAAGUGACAACGUCCAUUUUCAGUCUUCUACACAGUUUGGCUUUUACUUUACAGUUUUCGUGGCGAGCAGUGUAUCUUCAGUAGAUAUUUCAAACGAUAUACGAAUACUGUGAUAUUUGUACAUUUCGUUGUUUUUUUAUUUUUGUGAGAGUAGUUGAUAAAUUUAUUUUCUAUUUUUGAUAUUGACAAAUAUUAAUAUUGGAAUGACAAAAAUCGUCUUUAUCUGUUCUUCAUGUAAUUCUGUUUCCAUUGGGCAUUAUUAUAUACGAAAUUUUAAGUUUUAUUAUAUGUAACACGGCGUGGAAUCGGCACAAUUUUUUUUAUUGAAAAUUAAUGUUUUUCGUGUGCCACGAUUAAUGUUACCUGUUGAGAAAUGUUUUAAAAUUAUCAUGAAGUUGUGCCACAAUUUUGUUGUAUAUGUUAAUGUUAAAUGUACUUUUAUACUGUAUAAUUUAAGUUAAAAUUUUAAGAUGUUCAAAUUGUUAACGAUAUAAUACUGAAUCGGUUUCAAACCUGCCUUUCAAUAAUUUAUGUAUAUUUAUUUUUUCGUUUUAUGGUUAACUGCAUGUACAAAGACAUAGCUACUUAAUUAUUUAAUUUGUUACAGUUUUUAUUUAAUUUUUCUUAGUUAAGAUUCUGUGAAUCUGUUUUUUCAUGAUUUUCUGUUAUUCUGAAGAAAAUAAAUAAAGUGAUUUGAGUUACU